CAGCAACCACAGCAGGUGCAGGAUGCAGGCCGCAAAAAGAAGUCGGGCAACCGCACCAAACGACAAAAGGUUUCCAAAGCAUGUGUGUUUUGCCAGCGAUCGCACAUGUCGUGCGAUGAUGAAAGGCCCUGCCAGCGAUGUAUCAAGCGAAACAUUGCCCAUCUGUGCCGCGAUAAGGACCCCUCGACCGACAGCUUGCCCGGCGAGACCAAGAAGCAAAAGCCCACGCAGCCGGCAUCGGAAUCUACGGCGGACAGGCGAGAUGGCGAUGGUUUCGAUAGCACCAGCCAACAGCGCGCCAGUGGUGGCAGCGGCAGCGGAGGGCAGUCACGAGGCAGAAGGCGGCAGCAGGCUCAGGCACCAUCGAUGGCAAUCUACGACAACCCUUUGAUGCUGUUCGGGAACGAUGUGGCCAGCAAUGAGUUCACCGCAAUUAACGAGUUCCUGAACAGCCUGCAGCGAGGCGUCCGCGGUCCGGAUAUCCUGGCGGGCGAUCGGCGCAGCAGCCAACAGGCCAGCGUACCGAGCGGUUUCUUCCUGACGGCGGCAGAUCCGAACGACGGUACAUCCGAGGACAAGCUGCGGCAGAUCAUCAACGCAAAGUAUGAGGCCGGGUUCCUGAAGCCAUACAACUACGUGAGCGGAUACACGCGGAUGCAGCGGUUCAUGGAGACGCACAUGAACCGACACAACAUCAUCCGCAUACUGGAGGUGCUGAACACGUUCCGCCCGACGUUCCGUACGAUCGCGCAGUCGCUGACAGACAUCGACCUGCUGCUGGUGGAGGAGGGCUUCGAGCGGCUGCUGCUGGACUACGACAAUGUGUUUAAUUCGUUUGGGGUGCCGGCGUGCCUGUGGCGGCGUACCGGCGAGAUUUACAAGGCGAACGGUGAGUUUGCCGACCUGGUGGGCGUGCCGCUGUCGUAUUUCCACGAGGGCAAGGUGUGCAUCUACGAGCUGAUGACGGAGAGCUCGACGGUCAACUACUGGGAGAAGUACGGCGAGAUUGCGUUUGACGCGACCCAGAAGGCCGUCCUGACGUCGUGUAUGCUGCAGACGGCUGCAUCGCCGACGCUGCCGGGCAAACUGAUCCACUGCUGCUUCUCGUUCACGCUGAGGAGGGACAAGUACAAGAUCCCGCUAGCUAUUGCCGGCAACUUUAUGCCUGUGCAGCCUCAG